AUCCAAACAGAAAAGUUUGUUUUUUAACCCAAACUUCAAUGCUAAUAGUUAACCACUCCUCUCUUGAAAUCAAACUAAAAAUACUAGUGCUUUCUUUUAUUGAUGAUAUUGCAAGAAGAAAUUUUGUAUCAUGGAGGAGAAUAAGAGUUAUUGUGUAACAGGAGGAACAGGCUUCAUUGGCUCAUGGCUCAUUAAAUCACUUCUUCAAAUGGGCUACAAAGUCCAUGCUGCUGUGCGCCAUCCUGGUUCAUUCUUUUAUCCCUUCCUUCUUUCUAAACUAAUACAACCCCCCACCCCCAAUCAGAUGGAUUCGUCCGAACUUAAGAAGUCAUCACAUCUAUUGAAGUUGGCUGAGGGCAGUGAGAUGCUAAGAUUAUUCAAAGCUGAUUUAAGAGAAGAAGGAAGCUUUGAUGAAGCAAUGAGAGGUUGCAUUGGCCUAUUUCAUGUUGCUGCACCCAUGGAAUUCUGUCCACCAGCCACAGAAAACGUUGAGAGGUAUGUCGAAGAAAAUAUGAUAGAGCCAGCCAUCGAAGGGACCUUGAAUGUUCUGAAAUCGUGCUUGAAAUCCAAUUCUGUUAAAAAAGUUGUAUUCACAUCAUCAAUCAGUACCAUCACAGCCAGAGACAACUUUGGGAGAUGGAGACCUUUUGUCGAUGAAUCUUGCAAAGUACCUAUCCAACAUGUUAAGCACACAAAACCAACUGGUUGGGUUUAUGUACUACUAAAGGUUUUGACAGAGGAUGCAGCAUUUCAGUUUGCAAAAGAAAAUGGCAUUAAUUUGGUUUCAACGAUAACACCAACUAUAGCUGGUCCAUUCCUCACUCCUACAGUUCCAUCAAGCAUUCAAGUUCUCUUGUCACCAAUAACAGAUGAUCCUGAUAUGUUAGCUAUACUCACCGCUGUAAACACAAGAAUGGGAUCAAUAGCAUUAGCUCAUAUAGAGGAUAUAUGUCGCGCCCACAUAUUCCUCAUGGAGAAUAUUAAAGCACAAGGACGAUAUAUAUGUUGUGCUCAGAGUUGGGCAUUGUCUGAAGUUAUCGAUCACCUUAAAAACGAGUAUCCUUACCUUGAUGCAGAGAGGCGCGGAGGACAUGAUUCAGUGAUCCCCUCGGAGAUUUCAUCAAAGAAAUUGAGAGGACUCGGAUUUUCUUUCAAGUAUGAAAUCAACGAUAUCAUAAGAGAUACAAUUACUAGUUGUAUACAUCAUGGAUUCUUAGCCUCAAUUCAAAAGUAAGAAUUGCAAAUUACAUGUACCAAAACCUUAACUCUUACUUUGAUGUAUCAGUAUACUCCUUUUAAUAUCAAUGAAGUAGAAAAUCUUAUUAUUUUUUUAA